AUGACCACUGCCAUCUCGAAGGAUGACCAGGUCCAGAAGUUGAGGAAGCUCUUCGCCUCCUCAGACGUCCCUAAUGAUGCCAAGGCAUGGGAUCAGGCGUGGAUCGAUUCCACGACGCCCUGGGACUCGAAUCGACCGCAGCCGGCGCUCGUGGAGCUGCUCAAUGGUGGGCAUGAUGCUGAUGCCAAGGUGGCAGACCUCAACGGCGACCUUGUUCCUGUCUCAAGUGUCAUUCCCAAGGGGACUGGCACAGCAGUAGUGCCUGGAUGUGGCAGAGGCUACGACGCCAAAGUGUUCGCCGAACGCGGACUGACGAGCCACGGCGUCGACAUCAGUAGCAAUGCUGUGGCAGCAGCCAACCAAUGGCUACAAGAUCAAAACCUUGACUCCGACGUCGGUUCCAAGAUCAACUUUGUCGAAGCCGACUUUUUCACCCUUGGUACCGACAAAAGCGCAGCAAAGGCGCUUACAAAGCCUGCACAGGCGGUCCUAGCGUACGACUACACCUUUUUGUGCGCCAUCCCCCCCUCCCUCCGUACCGCUUGGGCCGAGACGUACACACGGCUGCUGGCAAAGGACGCCAUCCUGAUCUCGCUUGUCUACCCCAUCCAAGGCGAUCGUCCCGGCGGCCCUCCCUUCUCCCUCUCUCCAGACCUCGUACGCGAGCUGCUGGGAUCUCAAACCAAUGCCCAAGGCAGUCCUGCGUGGCAGGAACUCGCCGAGCUAAAGCCCAAGGGUCCGGAGACGCGCCCAGAUGUGGAACGCAUCAUGAUCUGGCGUCGCGUGUAG